GGGGGCAGGGACAUGCUGCCCGUCUGUCCUUGCGCAGGCUUUAGCUUGCCCCCCACCCCGAGCCCCCGCUGAGGUCCACAUUAUCCCCAUUUUGUAGUUGAGAAAACAAUCACACAAGGGCCUGGGUUGGAAGGGCAGGUCUGAGGCCAACUACACAGCUUGUAAGGAGAAUGUGGAAGGGGAGCCGCCUUGUGCCACACGGUGGUUGGGACGGAAAGAGAACAUGUAUCAGACCCGAACAGCGGUGUCCCGUGCCACCUCCAGGUCUGCUGCUUCACCCUGUCCAGCGCUACCCUAGACCCAGUAGGGACCGCAGCACCGUGUGGUGCCAGAGCCUGCGAGGACAGCCUGGGGUCCACGAGGACCAGAGAGCCAGUGCUGCACGUAUGUGCACACAUGUGCAUGCAAAUGUUCAGGUGCCACGCACUGCAUACGUGUCAUGCGUUUGUGUGUGUGGUGUGUGCAGGUACAGUGCAUCAAGUGUGUGUUCUGCACAUGUGUGCACGUCCCGAGAGCACCAUGCAGCGGGGGCCCUCCCCACAGGCAGCAAAGACCAGAUCCCAGACCACCUCCUAUAAACAUCUGCCAGGCCCCAGCCAGGGCGGGGUCCACCUGGAGCUCUCCCACUCCACUCCAGGGGCGUCUGCAGCCUCCCCCAGUUCUUCUGGGUGCCUAAUGGGCACAUCCACCCCUGAGCCUGGUGUCAGGUCCCCAGGCGCCCAGAGGCUAAGUAGGAAUGCUGGCAAUCCACUGAGGCUCCCCUGCACACACCUGGUGCUGACCCAGCUUCAGAGGCCCAUUUGGUUAUGGCCUUUCCUCCCUCAUUUGCAUGCACUGUCCUGCAGGCCCAGCUGUGACCUUUGUCCCCAGAGGGAGGCACCUGCUGUGUCAAGAGCCUAGGCUCGGUGUGGGCACAGCCAGGCUCAGGGGCCCCAAAGUUUCCAGGCCUCAGACACUUAGCAGGGCAACAGCCCAGACCUUCCAGUUGCACUGUUCCCACCUUGGGGCCCUCCCCACCCCAGCCCCAGGGUGGAGACCAAGCUGGCGGGCUGGUCUGUCCCCUGAGGCUGCAGAUGGAGUUCCCCACCCCUGGCUGCUAACAGCCCUCUCCAGGGCUGGAGACCGGUGUUUCUGUACCUACUCCUCGGGGCACUGGCACCUCCUACAGGCAGCUGAAGACCCCAGGACCCUCUCCCAGAGACAUCCUGAGUGUUCUCCCUCCCUUCCAGGAAUGGGGUGGGUGCAGAGCGGUUUGGGCACAGGCAGGUAACAAGAUCAUGGUCCGUGGUUGGUCAGCCAGGGAGCCUGGUUGUGACAUCAGGAUCAAAGAGUCCAGAAAGUUGCAAACCUACUGGGCAGGGAAUCAAGGGUGUCUCCAGGGGCCCCCCGGGCUCAGCAGGUGCAGACAGGUGAGGACUUUGCUAAGCAAAUUCCCUGCACACACCCUACCCCACUUCAUCAUAUCUGGGGCCCCCACCCCGUUCUCUCAUUUGCCAUCCCUGCCAUGCUCGGCCUCGCUCUCCUGGGCCUCACGGCUCUCUUGGACCAUGGGGAGGGCGCAACGUCGUGCUUGUCACAGCAGCUCAGGAUGCAGGGGGACUAUGUGCUGGGUGGGCUCUUCCCUCUGGGCUCUGCCGAGGGUACAGGUCUUGGCGACAGGCUGCAGCCCAAUGCUACCAUGUGCACCAGGUAGGAAUGCAGGGGGUGGGGAGCGAGGCUGGGAGUGGCUCAGGUUGGGGGUGCUCCUGAGUGGGGAUGAGGUGUCGGCCACCCGCAGCCCUGUGUGGCCCCAGGUUCUCGUCUCUGGGCCUGCUCUGGGCACUGGCCGUGAAGAUGGCGGUGGAGGAGAUCAACAACGGGUCUGCCCUGCUGCCCGGGCUACACCUGGGCUAUGACCUCUUUGACACGUGUUCAGAGCCCAUGGUGGCCAUGAAGCCCAGCCUCAUGUUCAUGGCCAAAGCAGGCAGCUGCAGCAUUGCCGCCUACUGCAAUUACACACAGUACCAGCCCCGCGUGCUGGCCGUCAUCGGGCCCCACUCGUCCGAGCUCGCCCUCGUCACCGGCAAGUUCUUCAGCUUCUUCCUUGUGCCUCAGGUGCGCCCCCCCCCCCACCUCUCCCGGUGCCACCCACCCCCACUGGCCCUGCCCACCGGGGCCCCCACAUCAGGAGGUGCGUCCCGGCCACUGCAGGUCAGCUACGGCGCCAGCACCGACCGGCUGAGCAACCGGGAGAUCUUCCCGUCCUUCUUCCGCACAGUGCCCAGCGACCGAGUGCAGGUGGCGGCCAUGGUGGAGCUGCUGCAGGAGCUCGGCUGGAACUGGGUGGCGGCGGUGGGUAGUGACGACGAGUAUGGCCGGCAGGGCCUGAGCCUCUUCUCCGGCCUGGCCAACGCCAGGGGCAUCUGCAUCGCGCAUGAGGGCCUGGUGCCACUGCCACCAGGCAGCCUGCGGCUGGGCGCCCUACAGGGCCUGCUGCGCCAGGUGAACCAGAGCAGCGUGCAGGUGGUGGUGCUGUUCUCCUCCGCCCACGCGGCCCGCACCCUCUUCAGCUACAGCAUCCGCUGCAAGCUCUCACCCAAGGUGUGGGUGGCCAGUGAGGCCUGGCUGACCUCAGACCUGGUCAUGACGCUGCCCGGCAUGCCUGGGGUGGGCACCGUGCUGGGCUUCCUGCAGCAGGGCGCCCCGAUGCCGGAGUUCCCAUCCUACGUGCGGACCCGCCUGGCCCUGGCCGCUGACCCUGCCUUCUGCGCCUCGCUGGACGCUGAACAGCCAGGCCUGGAGGAGCACGUGGUGGGGCCACGCUGCCCCCAAUGUGACCACGUCACGCUAGAGAACCUAUCUGCGGGGCUGCUGCACCACCAGACCUUCGCUGCCUACGCGGCUGUGUAUGGCGUGGCCCAGGCCCUUCACCACACACUGCGCUGCAAUGCCUCGGGCUGCCCCAGGCGGGAGCCUGUGCGGCCCUGGCAGCUCCUAGAGAACAUGUACAAUGUGAGCUUCCGUGCUCGCGGCCUGGCACUGCAGUUCGACGCCAGCGGGAACGUGAACGUGGAUUACGACCUGAAACUGUGGGUGUGGCAGGACCCGACGCCCGAGCUGCGCACCGUAGGCACCUUCAAGGGCCGCCUGGAGCUCUGGCGCUCUCAGAUGUGCUGGCACACGCCGGGGAAGCAGCCCGUGUCCCAGUGCUCCCGGCAGUGCAAGGAGGGCCAGGUGCGCCGCGUGAAGGGCUUCCACUCUUGCUGUUACGACUGCGUGGACUGCAAGGCGGGCAGUUAUCAGCGCAACCCAGAUGACCUCCUCUGCACCCAGUGUGACCAGGACCAGUGGUCCCCAGACCGGAGCACACGCUGCUUCCCCCGCAAGCCCAUGUUCCUGGCAUGGGGGGAGCCAGCUGUGCUGCUACUGCUCGCGCUGCUGGCUCUGGCACUGGGCCUGGCGCUGGCGGCCCUGGGGCUCUUCCUUUGGCACUCGGACAGCCCGCUGGUUCAGGCCUCAGGUGGGCCACGGGCCUGCUUUGGCCUGGCCUGCCUGGGCCUGGUCUGCCUCAGUGUCCUCCUGUUCCCUGGCCAGCCAGGCCCUGCCAGCUGCCUGGCCCAGCAGCCACUGUUCCACCUCCCACUCACUGGCUGCCUGAGCACGCUUUUCCUGCAAGCGGCCGAGAUAUUUGUGGGGUCGGAGCUGCCACCAAGCUGGGCUGAGAAGAUGCGUGGCCGCCUGCGGGGGCCCUGGGCCUGGCUGGUGGUGCUGCUUGCUAUGCUGGCAGAAGCCGCAUGGUGUGCCUGGUACCUGGUAGCCUUCCCGCCAGAGGUGGUGACGGACUGGCGGGUACUGCCCACAGAGGCGCUGGUGCACUGCCACGUGCACUCCUGGAUCAGCUUCGGCCUGGUGCAUGCCACUAACGCCAUGCUGGCCUUCCUCUGCUUCCUGGGCACUUUCCUGGUGCAGAGCCGGCCAGGCCGCUACGAUGGUGCCCGCGGCCUCACCUUUGCCAUGCUGGCCUACUUCAUCACCUGGAUCUCCUUUGUGCCCCUCUUUGCCAAUGUGCACGUGGCCUACCAGCCUGCCGUGCAGAUGGGCGCCAUCCUCCUCUGUGCCCUGGGUAUCCUAGCCACCUUCCACCUGCCCAAGUGCUACCUGCUGCUGCAGCGGCCGGAGCUCAACACCCCUGAGUUCUUCCUGGAAGACAAUGCCAGAGCACAGGGCAGCAGUUGGGGGCAGGGGAGGGGAGAAUCGGGGCAAAAACAAGUGACACCUGAUCCAGUGACCUCACCGCAGUGAGCCUACUAGACUUAGUUGAGAUGCCCCCAAACUGAGUUCUUAUGAAGCAACCCAGACAGUACCUCAACUGCUGAGACCACCCCCAGUUCUAGAUCUUGACAGCAGGCUGACCGCUGACCUGGAUGCCACAAUGAUCCUUGGGCCUGCAGCACUCAGGAAGGUCCUCAGCACCCACCUGGGGCCCCAGAGAGACUCUGCCCCUGUCCCAGACAAGCCCUGGUCAGGACCUACCCAGGUGAUCCAGCCUUACUGUUCCAGAAUAAAGCCAACAAAAGUUUCCUCGGGGCUCCUUAGCUCAGGCCAAGAGCUCAGGAAGGCCCCUAGCCAGACCACUUGAAGGCCAAGCUGGGCAUUACUUGCCUGGCCAGGCCCAGCCUGGAGACCCCAGCCAGCAUCCCCUCCAAGCAUCACAGGGGUGGGAGGUUGGUGGGUGGUGGUCAGCUGUGCUGAUUCCUCCGCAGAGGCACGUGACAGACCGUGGUUCCCAGAGUGGUGCAGGAAUAGUGAGCAGGGCAGAAGCCCACUUAGUGGGGGAGGGAGACAUCCAAACCCUUCCCCUCCCUGGCCCAACCCAAGCGGGUAAAAUGGGGUCAGCCGCCACCAGCACCGUGGACAGAGCCCAGGCAGGGUGGUGGUGGGACUCAGCACCAAGGCCAGCACCCACAACGAAGACCCCUGGAGCCGGGAGGCAGCACCACGGACAGAAGACCAGCCACCGGGACUCUGCUGGCAGCCAGCACCGGGGACAGAGCCUUGUGGCUGACCGGGAACCCAGAGCGCAGCACCUGGCCAGUCCUGGGUCAGCUCUUAGCCAGGCCCUGAGGAGGCUGGACAAGUCUUCUAAGGUACCCCAGCAGGAGAGAAGAGACAGUCCACACGUCAGUCCCAUAAAAUUAAAUGCUUUUUAGUCUUUAAAAUAGCA